AUGUCAAACUUGUCAAAGCUUGAAUUCGUUGCACUUGAAAUCUCGGGCAACAACUAUCUCUCGUGGACUCUUGAUGCUAAAACUCAUUUAGAAGCAAAGAGUCUAGAGGAGACGGUCAUUGAUGGGAAUAAAACCUCCCUUCAAGAAAAAGCUAAAGCAAUGGCAUUCCUCCGUCAUCAUCUUGAUGAAGACCUGAAGAGGGAAUACCAUACUGUCGAGGACCCUCUCGAGUUAUGUAAAAACAUUCAAGAACGAUUUGACCACCUGAAGUUGGUCUUACUCUCUAAAACUCACUGUGAAUGGGCUCACUUAAGGCUACGAGAUCAUAAAACUGUUAGUGAGUACAACUCUGCCCUUUUCCGCAUCACCUCUAAGUUUAAAUUAUGCGGUGAACAAAUCACCGAUAAAGACAUAAGAAAUAUGUAUACCAGCUCUAGCAGAGCUAUUAUUGGUGAUGAAUGUUUGGUAGAUAGCGGUAGUACUAACACUAUUCUCAAAGAUAUGAAAAUUUUCUCUGAGUUGUCUCCGGCAGAGACACCGAUUGGUACUAUAUCUGGUGUCAGUAACCUUAUCGAAGGCUCCGGUAGAGCACACAUAAUAUUAUCUUCGGGUACCCAAUUAACUAUUGAUAAUGCAUUAUUUUCUAGUAAAUCCAGAAGAAAUUUACUUAGCUUUAAAGAUAUUUGA